AUGUCUUCAACGAGAAAAGUUGCCGUUAUUACGGGCACAAACAGCAAUUUGGGUUUGAACACGGCCUACCGCUUAAUAGAGCAAGUAGAACAAGACGUUCGGUUGACUAUCGUGGUGACUUCUCGAACAUUGCCCAGGGCUAGAGAGGUAAUUGAUCAAAUUCAGAAAUUUGUUGUGCAAGCGAAGAGAACUGGACCGGUCGAUUACGAUUACCUUUUAGUGGACUUCACUAAUAUGGUCAGCGUCUUAGGUGCGUAUUAUGAUCUUAACAAACAGUACAAGGAGAUCCAUUAUUUUUUUGUGAACGCUGCGCAGGGUGUAUACGAAGGUAUCGACUGGAUAGGUGCAGUCAAAGAAGUGGUGCGCAACCCGAUAGACGCUGUGACCAACCCCACUUAUAAACUGCAGCGUAUUGGUGUGAAAUCAGCGGACGGUCUGGGUCUCGUAUUUCAGGCCAAUGUGUUCGGGCCUUACUAUCUCAUCCAGAAGUUGAUUCCUCAAUUGCAAGCGGGUCGGGCUGUUGUGGUUUGGAUUUCGAGUAUCAUGUCAGAUCCAAAAUAUCUUUCUCUAGACGACAUACAGUUGCUGAGAAGUCCAGCCUCCUAUGAAGGUUCGAAACGACUUGUCGAUUUGCUACAUUUGGCAACUUACAAAGACUUGAAAAAUCAUUCCAUCAACCAGUUUGUGGUACAGCCGGGUAUUUUCAUCAGUCAUUCCUUCUUUCAGUAUCUGAACGUCUUCAGCUACUACGGCAUGCUUUUCCUUUUUUACAUGGCAAGAUUUCUAGGAUCACCCUGGCAUAAUGUGGACGGAUAUCGUGCUGCGAAUGCACCUGUUUACGUUGCGACAUUGGCAAACCCAGUAUUCGAGCAGCAAAAUGUAAAGUACGGCUCUGCCACUCACAAAGAUGGGAGGGAAUACGUUCGCACGGGAGAAAUAGAUCCAACAGGCACACAAGACGUAUACGCCUACAUCAAUCAGCUAAAAGAUGAGUGGAACGAAAAAUUGAAAAAUCAGAUAACCAAUUCGAGACAGGUCUAA